CAUACUUACAUACAUACGUACAUAUGGAUAAGAAAAGAAACACCAUGAAAUUCGUACUAUUACUUUGCAUCCUCAGUGCUCUGCUGCUGCACAUUCAAGCAUCUCCCGUACAAAUGGUCGAACGUCAGGAGCGUGCCAUCGCGCGACAACAAGCUGUCAAUGAUGUAGCGCCCGCGGCAGCGCCGGCCGAUGAUGAUGAUGAUGAUGACGAUGAUGAUGACGAUGACGAUGACGAACCCGACCUAGGUGAUCUUGUGGACGAUGAUGAUGAUGAUGACGACGAUGAAGAGGACGAUGACGACGAGGAGGAUGACACGCCACAGGGUCAGGCGGCGCCAGCGGCGGCUGCUUCUGCCAGCGAUGAUGAUGAGGAUGACGACGAUGACGAUUAUCUAGAUCGUUUGUUCGAUGAUAUUCUAGGUGAUGAAGAUGAUGAGGAUGACGACGAUGAAGAUGCCAGUCCCGCCAUUGCAAGCGCACCCGUUGCCGCUGCGCCCGCGGCACCAGCUGCCUCUCUAGACGACCUUGCCCCCGUUGGCCAAUCAGCUCUGACUGCCGGCAUUUCAGAUGGUGUCGAUUUACCUGCCGAAAGUGCCAAUUCCGCCGACGCAAUAGCUUCUGGAAACUCAGCGGAUGAUGCCAUUGCUGCUUCAAGCAACAACAACGAAGGUGCCAUAACAGGUGAUGACGAUGAAGAUGACGAAGCCGAUGAUGAUGAUGACGACGACGAUGACAUCAUUGGUGACAAUGUCAUUGAAGCAAGACGUGAAGCACGAAACCUGAAGAAUAACAUUAUCGAAAUGACCAAUGACGCCUUCCAGGAGCGACACAAUCAAUUCAUUGAUUCGAUAUUCUCGCGCAUCAAUCGCAUUGUGGCUGACAAUUACGAUCCCUUUAUAGUGCGCUUGCAUGCCAGAGCGGCGACUAAGAAAGCACCUACUGGUGGUAGCAGCACGGCGGGACAUGUGACGGCAACAACCAAGGCCAAGCCAGCAAAGUCGACAACAAAGAAUAAACUAAAAAAUACCAAAUCUGAGCCACGUUCGCUGGAUGAAGAGCCACGCCGCAUUGAAGUGAGUGAUGCCAUGGCACAAAGCAAAUUGCAGGAACAGCUGAAACAGUUGCAAUUACAUCAAGACCAAAGCAUCAAAGCAAUUGCAAGCGGAACAAAAUCGAAUCCCAGUGAUGAUAAAUUACCUGGAAAUGUCAGCGACGCCCCCAACACGGCCGCUAAAUCACCGGAAAUGCGCAUCAUAUUAAAUGGAGACGCCAAUAGUGCUGUUAGUCAAAAGAAAACUUCAAAUAAAGCGCAUAAAACACAUACGAAAAAAAAUCAUGCUAAUGCCAAUACCAAUAACAACAACCACAAUGCGGGCUCGAAACUAAAGCAGAGCAAUAAAAGCAGCAGCAAGGACCACAAUGCCGGUAGUGGCAAGGAAGUUGAAAAACUGCAAAAGGCCGAAGGUAGCCUCUCUGGGCUGGCAUCAUUGAAGCGUGUCGGUAAUGUGAAAGUGGUAGCCAAUCCGGCAGGUUCCAAUUCAACUAUAAAGGCCAAAUUUACUUUGGGUCCAUUGACUUUGCGUGUGGAAAAGUCGUUCAAGCGCGGUAGUGUGCAUAGUGUGAAAAGUGCUACAGCGCGCACCAAUGAGAUGAUUGGCCGCAUAAAAUUCAGCGUUGUCAAUGAUCGCGCCACAUUGAUGUCCAUCAAGGUGCAACAACCGAAACAGGUGGAAGUGGAAAGCAAAGACAACCAUGACCGUACACGCGAGUUCGUCUGGCGGCGCACGCCCAAAAUCGCUAAACUGGUUAAUGAGAAACUAAAAUUAGCUGCCGAAUCGCUAUUCACAACCCAAGGUGUCGAGGUGGUGAGGCUGUAAAA